AUGGGCAAUCGAACUAUAUCUGACGUCUUUAGCGCCAGGGACAAAGAAGACCACAGUAUGAAAAGAAACAUCAUCAUAAAUUUCUAUAAGCUGUCGAGCAUUCUUCGAUCGGAAUACUUGGUCGACGAAACCAUCAACGCGCUCUGCGAGCAAAUUGAACCCCGAUUUAUUGACGGACCUAAUGCAGACAGUGUCUGUGAACUGGACAAAUGGCUGUACUUUUACGCUUGGGAAAUCGUCGGCCAGUUGAGUUUGAGUAAGCCUAUGGGCUUCACCAAGGCGGGUGCUGAUCACUCGGGGAUGAUGGAUACCGCAGAGAAGGCCAUGGACUACUUUGCAGUUGUCGGACAAAUUCCUGCCCUAGACAAAAUCUUGGCGAAGAACCCUCUUUUUUCAGUUGGUCCACCAAGCUGGGAAGCUGCCACUAGAUUCUGCUUUCAACACACAAUGGCAAGACAACAAGAUGUUGACCAGAAGUCUUCUGAGAAGAGGGAUAUGCUCGACAACUUUCUGGAAUUGAAGAAAACUGUAGGUCUCGACGAUUAUGGUGUUGUUGGAUCUCUCAUGGUAAAUAUCGUUGCUGGAGCUGAUACUGUUGGUAUCUUGUCGCGCGCAAUAGUGUAUCAUGUUCUGAAGAACGCCAAUAUCCUCGCCAAACUUCGAGAUGAGCUUGACAACGCUAACCUUCAAACACCAAUAUCAUUCGCAACUGCCACCAAGCUCCCAUAUCUUGAAGCCAUCAUUCUAGAGUCCUGUCGUAUGCAUCCGGGCGUUACAUUGCUGCUUGAACGUGUCGUGCCUGAGCCUGGUUUACAGCUUCCAAAUGGUACAUUUCUCCCCCCCGGAACCAAAGUCGGCAUGAACGCAUGGGUUGUCCACCAGAAUAAAGCCGUAUUUGGACAAGAUGCUGCUUCCUUCGGACCAGAGAGAUGGCUUCAGCAAGAUUGGGAGAAUGAUCAGGAAUUCGCCGGUCGCUUAGCUAACAUGAAGAGGAGUGACUUGACAUUUGGUGCAGGAAAACGUUCAUGUCUCGGGAAAGAUGUGGCGAUGUUGGAGACGUACAAGCUGAUUACGACAUUGUUCUUGAAAUACGAUAUAUAUCUGGUCGAUCCACACAAGGAGUGGGAGAUUCAGAACUCGUGGUUUAUUAGGCAAUCGGGUAUAGAUGUUAGGUUUCGCCGUCGUAUUCCAUCGUAA